AUGGGUAUCAAGGGAAUCCGUACUGCCUUAAAGGUCGACCUCGAGAAGCAUGCCCGCGAGCAGCCUGGCUUACAUAAUCGAUGGCAUCCCGAUAUUCCGGCUUGUGGGCAGAUCGCCAACAAUGAAGUCGUCAAAAUCGAGUGUCUGGACUGGACUGGGGGUCAAAUCGGGAACAAUGACUCGGCCGACGACGUGAAGAACGUUGAUCUUACUGAAAUCCACUAUCUGUCUGGUCCAUUCGACAUCGAGACCGCCGAGCCCGGCGAUGUCUUGGUGGUCGAGAUCCAGGACGUCCAACCCUUCCAAGAGCAGCCGUGGGGCUUUACCGGUAUCUUUGACAAGCAAAAUGGCGGUGGCUUCCUGGAUGAGCUUUACCCGAAGGCUGCAAAGGCGAUUUGGGAUUUUGAAGGAAUCUUCUGCUCCUCGCGGCACAUUCCACAUGUCCGCUUUGCUGGUUUAAUUCAUCCAGGAAUUCUGGGAUGCGCCCCUUCUGCGGAAGUCCUUGCCGAAUGGAACCGCCGCGAGGGGGAGCUUAUCUCUGCGAAUACCAUUGAAGGUCGGAUCGUUGCUCAGCCGCCAAACCCCACGAAUACCCAUGCAGGCAGCUCUGCGGAGGACAUCAAGGCAAAGGUCGCAAAAGAAGGAGCACGAACAAUCCCUGGCCGUCCUGAGCACGGAGGUAAUUGCGAUAUCAAAAACCUCUCUCGCGGAUCCAAGGUCUAUCUCCCUGUCCAUGUCCCAGGCGCGAAGUUCUCCGUUGGAGAUCUCCACUUCUCCCAGGGAGAUGGCGAGAUCUCGUUCUGCGGCGCCAUUGAAAUGGCAGGUGUGAUUACGUUGAAGUUCUCGGUCAUCAAAAAUGGCAUGGCGAAGCUGGAUAUGAAGUCGCCAAUUUUCCAUGCGGGACCCGUCGAGCCCCAAUUUGGCCCUGGGCGCUACCUCACAUUUGAAGGAUUCUCGGUUGACGAGAAUGGCAAGCAGCAUUAUCUCGAUGCGACGGUUGCUUAUCGGCAGACAUGCCUGCGGGUCAUCGAAUACCUUCGACGAUUCGGGUAUGAUGAUUAUCAGAUCUACUUGCUCCUGAGCUGUGCCCCAGUGCAGGGACACAUUGCUGGUAUCGUGGAUAUCCCUAACGCUUGUACUACUCUUAGUGUGCCGAUGGAUAUCUUUGAUUUUGAUAUUAGGCCCGAAGCGGAGGUCACAAAGAAGGAUAUGGGAGUAUGUGCAUUCACUAGUACUGAUUAA